UAGGGUGGCGGGAGGUUUUAUUUCAUUAUUUUUAUUUCAGCCACUCAACAUGUCAUUCGAUAGUUGUUUACUUGAUUUGUUACGUGUGGAGACUGAUCCAAAUUAUGAAUCAUCCCUUGAACAUCUUCGUGAGAUGCGACCAGAGCUAUAUAUAAGGAAAUCGCCUUAUAUAUCCGAUAAUGAAGAUUUUGAAAGAAAGUAUGCUGUUGCCCUGUACUUCUUAAUGAAUUCAUGUAAAAACUGUGAUAGAAUAAGAUUCAUCAAACAACCUGGAGACCCUGGCUUUACUGAGGGUGUGAAGGCUAUAACUAAGAAAUGUCAGCUUGCCAAGGAAAGACAACUGCAAAUAUGCCAGUUACCAAUAGAGGAUACGGUUUGGACUUUAGAUAGAAUUGUAGACCAGACAGAUACCCAGACAACGAUACUAGUGAUACAGGACCGGUGUUCUCUGGUUGUCGGUUUUACGGCGUGGGACACAUCAGACAAAACCUUAUCUGACCACAUCCACCUGGCCCUGUGCAAAGCCUGUCUGUUUCCUGUAGUACACAAACCCCGUCGUCCUCGUUACUUUGGAAUCAGAGACAAAGACCUCGCCAAGAGCUGUGUGUUAGAUGGAGGUAGAUUAGGGAUUACCUGUGUAAUGGAGCCAAAUCUCCUGGCGACCUGUCAGAUAUCCUCACAGUCUGUCCAGGCCAGUAAAGACACAUUCCAACUGUUCAGGGAGUGUACCGUCUGUCGAUUCAGGGCCGAGAGGGAAAUGUUUAAUACAUGUACUGGGUGUGGAGCUAUGCUGUAUUGUACAGAGACCUGUUAUGAGAUAGACCAGAGUCAGGAAAGACAAACAACCUUAUACGGUCAUUCGAACUGGUGUCACAAACUCAGGACAUAUAUGGUAGAGGAGGAACAGCUUGUAGACCUGCCCUUCACUUUUACUACAGAAACGACACAUCCUGAAUUUGGUGCUCUGCAGUUGGAAUCAUUCCUACAAAGAAUGGGAUUACUGGGCCAGGGCAUGUGGCAGUGGGUGAGUCCUGUCACCUGUGGUCCACCUAUCACCAGGUCACAUGGGUCAGGUUUCUUCAAGACCUAUCAAAACCCUCUUGGGUUUGUUAAGGAGGAUGCUGGUUCUAUUAAGGGCCUAACAAGAAAUGACAAAACCUGUUCACUGGAUCCUGGCACCAAACUUGAUCGAUCGGAGGAUCCUGGUUUACAAGAUGAGGAAUACAAAAACACUUCUACCCAUUUGGAUCAGAAAACUAGUACCCCAGUAACUGAUUGGGCUUCCUACUACAGAUAUAGAGGAUUAAGCUUUGAUUCACCUGUCGCGGUACUCCUACAGUGGCCGUUAACACUGUAUUACAUACUGACAAGCUGCCUGUCACAGGAUUGUAAGUAUGGUUGUAAACUGGCUGAGGACAGACCUGUCAUUCUGGACAUUCUGGGAGUGGAACAGGAGGUCGACUUGUAUCCAGUGUUUCAGGAACUAGGCUAUUUGUUGCCAGGCCAUGACUUUGUCAUCAACAUGUUUGGGAAGAAUAUCAGCAAGGCUGUUGACAGAUGUGUGAAGGUCAUUGGCAGAGUAAAGGUCAAGGUCUACAGACGCCUGUAUCAUAACUACACAUGUCGCUGGAAACCUGACCUAGUUGUAGGUUUCAAUGCGGGAAUUGCAGCCUAUCCAUCAUGGAGAGAUACUAUACAGAAACUAAAGGAUGAACAAACACCUGCCUAUUUCACAGACUACUGUCACUACAGCGCUGACCUUGGUCGGGAGGUCAUGAGACAGGGAUGUGGGCUGGAGACUUCCACGCCCUCUGUCAACCCGUUUAGGAGCCCUAUUAGACGUAUCUGUGAACAGCACCUCCUGCCAUGGUUCAGUAAUGCUUUCCUCUUCCAUAUCAUAUACUCACCCAUUAAACAAUGCUGACACUCAA